AUGGGUGAUCAUGCCAAUCAGGAUGAUCUUAUUGCUGCAAUGGAACAAGCUGCUCAGCAGCAACAGGAACAGCAGGCACAGAAUGUUCCGAUCAGGAAGAGAAACCUUCCUCGUAACAUCCCUACUACGCGCUCUGCCAUUGUUCCUCCACCCUGCACCAGGGAGGACUUCGAGAUCAAGCCUGCUUUGAUCGGUCUAGUACAGAGAAAGGUGUUCUCUGGUAUCUCUACAGAAAUUCCAAUGGAGCAUAUUGAGAGCUUUGAAAGAGUCUGCAGUUUCACUCGCGCGAAUGGCGUACCGCCAGACUACAUCAAGUGCAUGCUAUUCCCAUUCUCUCUUGAUGGAAAAGCUGCACGGUGGUUGAACUCCCUCCCUACCGACUCUCUUACUUCAUGGGAACAGGUCCGAUCAGCGUUUCUCAACCAUUUCUACUCUAAGGCGAGAACAGCUGCAUUGAGGAACAAGAUCACCUUUUUCAAACAGCUCACCGAUGAGCCUUUCUGCGACGCAUGGGAGCGCUUCAAUGACUAUCGCAGAGAAUGUCCUCACCAUGGAUUUGAUGAUGACUACCUCUUGGGAAUUUUCUAUGAUGGAGUUGACUGGAAAUUUCAGAGUACCGUGAACUCUGCCAGCAAUGGAGACUUCAUGACUCAGAACACUGAUGGAGCGUUUGAGCUGAUUGAGAACAUGGCUGCCACCUCAGCCAAUAAGAACGAGGAGAGUGAUUGCUCCAAGAAAGGGAACAGUUCUGACACCCAGAAGAUAGAUGAGCUGACUGCCAAGGUUGAUCAACUACUGAAAAACAACCAAGGGCACGUCUUCAGCAUGGACCAAGCUACGACCGGGCAGAUUCAGAACCAGAACCAGCGACAACCGCAGAGUAAUCGGCAAGCUGUUCCAGCUACCGGGAACAGUCAACCAGAUGAGCUGAAGGGUCUGGGUAUGAUGAUGCAACAACUAUUGCAAGGUAUGCAAAUUCAGGGCAAGGCAUUGAAUCAGGUUUCUACAGACAUCAACGCAAGGAUGGACAACAUGUUCACCGAGCUGAAUACAAAGUAUGACGCUGUGAGCAACCACAUUAAGAGGAUUGAUGUUCAGCUUGCUCAAACAGCUGAGAGUGUCAAGAGGCAGCAAUGUACCCUUCCUGGAAAGAGUGUGAUGAAUCCUAGAGUUGAGCACUGUAAUGCAGCAGAGCUAAGAUGUGAGAAAGCUGAGGGAAAAGAAACAGAGCAACUGUCUGCUAAGACUGCUCCAGGCGCAGAAGAGAGAACAGAGCAUCAUGCUAGCUCUGAAGUGACUGCUUCCGACGAACCUAUUGAGAUUCCACCAGUGCGAGUCUAUGUUUCUAAGGUUCUAUAUCCAAUUCCACCUAAACAUCUGAUGGAUCCUAUUAGUGCCGAGCAGCUGGCUGGGUUUAAGAAGAUGGGGGAAAUCAAGGCACUAUUUACUGAAGCAUUGACACCAUCGCUGAAGGUACUGCCUAAGGUUAUUGACCCUGGAAAGUUUGUUUUUCCUUGUUCCCUUGCUGGAGUAGAAUUCAAGGAAGCUCCUUGUGAUUCUGGGUCUAGUGUGAACCUUUUCUCAAAAGCGAUUGUAGACGAGCUGGGCAUUGUUGAUGUUGAGCCUUCUCUUGUGACCCUGGCUUUUGCAAACUCUUCCAUGACAGUCCCUUAUAGUACAAUUUGCAACCUUCAUGUCCAAGUUGGGAACUGUAUUCUCCAUACUGAAUUUCAGGUUGUUGAGAUGAGCAAGGAUCAUGAGAUGGCUUUAAUCUUUGGAAGGUCAUUUAUGGCUACAGUAGGAGUAGUCGUCGACAUGCCUAAUAAGAGAGUCUCCUUCUCCAACAUCAACAAGAAGGUUUUCUACAAGGAUUUCCCAACCAGAUCACAAAUCUGCUACGCCUCUUGCAUCUCAGUGGUUAGUGGAGAACAACUGGAAAUUGUUCCUAAAAAGGAACUUGGUAAAAAGGGUGAGAUCCAAGAAGUCCUGGAUGGAGAUCCUCACACUGAUACCAAGAAACUCAGUGGGAAUGCAAGGGUGAAAGAAAAAGUCCAGAAGAAAAGGGUCAAGGGUGACCCUAUGAUAACUUUGAUACCUCGCUUGUGUGAUGAGAAAUCCAUUGAGUAUGAGGUAAAGUGCAAGGAUACCUCUAAACCUUUCUCUAAAGCCAGAGUAAUUCUCACACAUGAGCUGAAAGAGAAAGGAGAAGCUGAUGUGAAGGGGUUGCUAAGCAGACCCUCAUGA